AUGUCAUCCAAUAAUGGUGCUAAAGGUAACGGUACCUUUUUUGAUGAAGAUACUCCUUUAAGAACAAAAAACGUUAGCGUUUACACUCCAUUGAUCUAUGUGUCUAUUUUGAUCAUCUCUCUUAUUGUAUUCGCUAAUAAAUAUAGAAAGAAGAAGCUGGAAGAGAGAUCCCAGUUACCUAGUAUCUUUGAUGAGCAUAAUGCUCGUGAUUUGUACUUCGAAUUGAAGGAAUUGUCUGAAACAGAGAAAGUUCACGAAAAGGUUAUGAAAGCUGCUUUAUUGAAUAGAGGUGCUGAGGCUAUCAGACGUACAAUCAAGUUGAAAGAAUUUUCCCCUCAAAUGGAAAUCCUAUAUAAAAAUGGUUCUGUUUCAGAGGAAUACUGGCAGCGGUAUCAGAACGAGAUGAAGUUGGUGGACCAUGAAUUUAAGCAAUGUCUUCAAGAAUCAGAAAAUUUGCAACCAGGUUGGCCUCAACUGUUUGUUACUGUUGCUAAGGAGAUCUGUUUCAACCAGGCGUUGCAGAAAAGGUACGACUUUAUUCUCACAAAAAGGGACAAUAUCAUAAAGCAGUGGGAACUUAAGUUGGACGAUAACGGCAAACUACUUGAUUGA